AUGGCACGACGCGGCGACGGCGCGCUGGUGCUGCAGCAGGAUGGCUCGGCAGCAUGGCAGGGUGUGCAAAUCCUGGGCAGCAGCGCCAGCGCCGAUCGGCAGCCCAUUGACAAGGCAAUCGAUAGCUGCAGCACGCUGGGGCACCUGGAGGCGCUGCUCGCGCGCGACCCGGAGGCGCUGUCCGCUGCUGACGUGGCGCUUGCGUUGUGGCGCGCGGUGACCAUUGCGAGGGGCUCCCGACUGCGCUCGGCCGCCUGGGGCGGCGGCGCCAGCGCAGCAUCGGGCGCUGCUGCUGCCGCAGAGGCUGCGGCAUGCCACCGCAUCGCCCACUCGUGCCUGCAGCUGCUGCUGCUGCAGCGGCCGCAGGACAUCGCCCCGCGGCAGCUGAGCAACGUUGCGCGCUCACUGGGCAUGCUGUGCGGCCCAGACCUGACGGCCCGCGCGGCGCGCGGGGCAGCUGCGACAGCCACUGCAGUGCGGCAGCCCGCGCCAGCUGUCAUGCUGCCCGGGGUCAGUGCCGGCGAUGACCCGCGGGCCGCGGCCGCAGGCACAUUUCUUCGGGCACCCCCGGGGGCAGCUGCGCAGCGGCUGCAGCAGCUGCUGUCCGCCACCGACCCGCACGCGCCGCUGCUGCAGCUGUUGGAGGCGGCCGCGCCGUGCUGGGAAGCUGCGGCCGCCGCAGGCGCCGCGGCCGCAGUGGCGACGGACGCGGGCGCCGCUGGUUCAGCAGCGUCACCGUCCGCGGCGGCGGCUGGGGUGGCGCCUGGUGCAGCAGUUGCCCGGCAGCGCGCCGCGUGGCUGCACCCCCAGAGUGCUGUGGACAUGGCCUACGGCCUGAGCCUCAUGGGGGUGCAGCCGCCCCCCGCAUUCUGCCGCGCGCUGGUCGCCGCGUCGGCCCCGCUGCUGCCGCGCAUGAACCCUAAGCAGCUUUCGCUGCUGGCCUACUCGCUCGCGCGGCUGGGGGUGGUGCCGGGCGCGGCGUGGGCCGCGUGCUGGGCGGCGGCGGUGGCGCGCGGUGCGGGGCGGUUUGGGCCGCAGGACGUGGCCAACAGCCUGUGGGCGGUCGCCACGAUGCGGCGCACUGCGGCGGCAGCAGCAGCAGCAGUGGCGGUUGCGGCAGAGGAGGAGCAGGAGGCUGGGCCGCUUGGUGUGGCCGCUGAGGAGGAGGGUACAUACGCAGCUCUCGGUCCCCUCUUGUCAAGGGCGCUGGAGGUGUCCAAGGACAUGACAGCGCAGGGCCUGGCCAACUCGCUCUGGGCCGCCGCGGUCGCCGGCCGCCGUGUGGACGCGUCCUGGCUGGCGGCGCUGCUGCAGUGCUGCGCGUCGCGGCACCGCGAGCUCAGGCCGCAGGAGGGCGCCAACGCGCUGUGGGCGGCGGCGACGCUGCUGCUGCGGGAGCGCACGGCGCAGGCGGCAGCGGCGGCGGCCGAGGACGGGGCACCGCUUCCCACGGCCGCACUUUCGCCGCCCAGCUCGCCACAACAGCAGCUGCUGGCGCUUGAGGAGCGCACCGCGGCGCUGCGGGACGCCCUCCUGCCGCUGGCGCCGCGCUUCGGCCCGCUUGACUGGUGCAACGUGCUGUGGGCUGGCGGUGCGCUAGGCCUGGGGCUGCCGCCGGCGUGGCAGGAGGCCCUGUGGCUCGGCAGCACGCGCCAGCUGCGCGCCUGGGGCCCGCAGUCGCUGGCCGUGGCGCUGUGGGCGCUCGCACGCGCAGGCGUCGCGCCGGCACGCGGGUGGAUUGCGAUGUUCGAGGCGGCGACGCUGGCGGCAGCGGGCAGGUUCCAGGGGCGCGAGCUCGCCAUGGUGGCGUGGUCCGCCGCGCGGCUGCGCCUCAGCCUCUCGCCGCAUUGGUGGGAGCGCCUCUGGCCCGCCUCCGCGGCCCGCAUGCUGCCGCGAGCGGGCGGCGCGCUGGGCGGUGCGCACGCGAGGCACGCGGCGGUGGUGCUUCAGGCGGCGGCGGCGCUGGGCUGCGCGCCGCCCGAGUGGUGGCUGGCGGCGGCGCUGGGGGGCAUGGCGACGGCGGCGGAGGCGCGGCAGCUAGGGCGGGGGCGGUGGCAGGAGACGGGCCAGCACUAUCACCAGCAGCAGCGGGGGCCGCUACAGCAACAGCAGCACCGAGAGGUGCAGGACGACAGUGCUUCCUUUGUGGACGGGGACGGCUCUAGCAGCGAAGUGCUGCAGCGCGCAGCAGAGCUGGGGGGACCCUUCAAGGCGGACACGCGCGACGCGGCCCGCAUGCUUGCGUCUGUCGCGCGCCUGCGGCGCCCAGGCGCGCUUAGCGGCGGCGGCGGCGGCCUGGAGGGUGGCGAGGCGGGCGGCAGCGCGGCGGCGCUCGUGGGCUGGCUGGCUGACGGGGCCUGGGCGCUGCCACGGGGUGCGGCCGUCCCCGCACUGUGCGCACUGCCAGAGCUGAUGCCGGCGCUGCCGCCCCCGCUUCGGCGGCGCGCGACAGCGCAGCUGGUGGCGCGCUGCGGGGCGCUGGCGGCGUGGCCUGCACAGGUGCUGCACGCGCUGUCGCGCCUUCAGCCGCGCUGCCCGCCAGGCGGCCCGCGCGCACAGCAGGAGCUCUUUUGGUCCGACAUCCGCGAGGCGACGCAGCAGCAGCGCGCCGAGCGGCUGCGCCUGCGGCCCGGCGCUGCCGCGCGCAAGGCAGCUGCAGCAGACGCAGAGCGGGAAGAGUGGGAGGAGCGGGAUGGGCGGGAUGCAGAUGGCACCGCGCGCGGUGCGAGGGCACACCUGCUGCGCCGACUGGACCAGGCCCUCUGCAACACGGCAUCGGGCCUCACGCUGGAGACGAUGUUGGCGGCAGCGCUCGCCUUGCUGCGGCUCCGCCACCGGCCGUCGCGCCAGCUUGCAUCCGCCCUGGUCGCGGCGGCCGCCUCGGGGGCAGGCGACGGCGGCGGCGGCGCGGCGCUGCAGCAGCUACUGCCUGUGCUGCUGCUGGCGCUGGGGCGCCUGGGUUGCGGCGGGGCCGCGGCGGGCGGCGACGUGGCGCGGCUGCUGGCUCUGGGCGAAGCGCAGUGUGGCGCGUGGUCGGGCCCACAGCUCGCUGCCGCCGGCGAGGGCGUCGCGCGGCUGGUGGCCGGCGGCGACGGCGCGCUCCUCGCCCGGGGUGACGCUUCGACAGGAGCCGACGACAGCGCGAGUGAUGCUGCGGCCCCCGCAGCGGCAGUGCGCGCGGCGCUGCGCCCGUGGCUGCGCUCGUGGCUUGCCACGUCUCGCGCAGCCAUGGCGGCCGGUGCGAUGGCUCCGGACGAUGUUGCGCGCUGCGCAGCGGCUGUCGCACGCCUGCGGGUCCCGCCAGGGGACGCGUGGCUGCGCGCCGCGCUCGCCGCGACCGCCGGGCGCCUCGGGGAGGUCGGCGGCGCGGGGGGCCUGGCGCGGCUGGCCACGGCGCUGUGCCGCGCGGGCGCCGCCCCGGGCCCGGCCUGGCUGGAGGAGCUUUCGGCAGCAGCGCUGGCGGCGGCGGCGGCUGAGGUUGGAGCUGCCGGCCAGGGAGUGCCGUUGGGGCAGCAGCAGGAGCUCCAACAGCACCAGCAGCGAAAGCAGCAGGAGCGACAGCAGCAGCAGCAGCAGCAGCGGCAGCAGUGGCAGGAGGAGCCGGCACUGGGUGCUGCCGCGCUCAGCCUAGAGCCUGUGCACGUCGGCCUGCUGGCCCUGGCACUGCACCGGUGGGGGUGGCACCCCGGCGCAGACACGUCAGCAGCCCUAUUGCACGCAUGCGCGCCUCGGCUCGCGCGCCACCCCAGCUCACGGUUGCAGCUGGCACUCACGCUACUCGCCGCCGCGCGCUGGGCGCCCCCGCGCGACUGGCUGGACGCUGCGCGGGGGCGUGCGGAGGCGGCGGCCGCGCGGGGGGCGUACAGCGAGCAGCAGCAUGACAAGGUCCUGUGGGCACUAAUGGUCCUGUCGGGGGAGCGCGUGGUGUGCGCGGGUGACGAGCAGCACAGCAGCAUGAGAGCGCCGCACAGCCGGUGUGGCGCAGCGCGAGCGGUGGCGGCUUUGCCGGCGCUGCUCCUGCUGCUGGCAUGGGUCUGGGUGCAGCCGGCGGCGGCGCAGAGCAGGCUGUUCAACAGCACGACCCGCGUCAUCAAGCUCGCGGACCUGCCGGGCUGCAAGCUCGCCGCCACCCCCAAGGCCCCGGGCGCGCUGCAGGGCGGCCUCAGCACGUCAUGCGUGGUGCAGGGCUUUGUGGGACCCGACGAGAU